AUGUCUGAAUCCCGGUCGUGGUGGUCGGGCCCGCCGCCGGUUGAUGCCUCGCCCUCCAAUACGCCGACGUUCGAGUCGCAGCCACUGCACAGCGAUGCCUUGGACGAGAUUGAAGAGGAGAAAUUACUCACAAGAAGGGUUCAUGUCAUCGGCUUGGGCAGCAUCGGCACAUUGGUCGCUCAUUCGCUCAAAUGUCUACCGAAUCCCCCUCCUGUUACGUUGAUGCUGCACAGACCCGAUAUGUAUGAGCAGUUCAAGAAAAGCGGGAGAAUCAUCCGCCUAAUAAACAAGCAGAGCGAUGUUAACGACGAACAGACUGGUUACGAUCUUGAUGUCCUACAGGCGGAUGGCUAUUGGGACUAUGAAGCCGACGCGCCUUUGGGCUUUCCUGCAAAUCCUCGUCAACUAGACGAGAGCUUGCCUACCGGAGAGACCUUCAUAUCGACUCUGGUCGCUGCCGUCAAAAGCACUGCCACCGUCACAGCAAUGCGCUCCAUCAAGCACAGGGUGGACUCUCGCUCCACCAUCUGUUUUAUGCAGAAUGGCCUGGGACAGAUAGACGAAUUGAAUCGCGAAGUCUUUACCGACCCAGAGACACGACCGACCUAUAUGCUGGGCGUUAUUUCACAUGGCUGCCAUAUGAGAGGCCAUUUCACAGUCAUGCAUGCUGGCUUUGGAACAGUAGCGCUGGGAAUUCACCGAGAUCCUGACCGCUACCCAUUGCCGCGCCAAUCCUCCAUGCCCGACCUCGAUCAGUUGUCUCUUGAGGAAAAGAGAAUGUACUUUCCCACAGACAAAGACCUAUUCUCCAAUCUCUCCUCCCGAUAUCUACUUCGCACCUUGACACGAUCUCCAGUCCUGGCCUGUGCCGCUUUCCCAUACCUUGACCUGCUGCAGCUGCAGCUGGAGAAACUGUCGGCAAAUGCCAUCAUCAAUCCCUUAACUGCCCUGCUCAACGUGCCCAACGGCGCCCUGCUGCACAACGGAAACCUCAGCGUGGUCCACAGACUUCUCUUGGCCGAGAUCUCCCUGGUCAUCCGCUCGUUACCGGAGUUGAAAGGCAUUCCGAAUGUACGGAAUCGGUUUUCGGCCACAAGGCUCGAGCACCUUUUGCUCGGAAUCACUGCCCGAACGGCACAGAACUCCAGCAGCAUGCGUGAGGACGCUAGAUACGCCCAACCGACCGAAAUUGACUAUAUCAACGGCUACAUUGUCCGUCGGGGCGAGGAGCAAGGCAUCAAAUGCGCACUCAACUAUAUGUUGAUGCAGUUGAUCAAGGCCAAAACGUUGACGCAGCUCAACGCAGCUACUCUCGCGGUACCGUAUGGGACGGUCCGUGUUGAAGCUCGAGAAUCUUCCGCGGGCGUGGUCACUCUGGACGACCACAGUAUCCCGGCGAGAGGUGACGUGCAAUAA